AUGAAAAAUGAAAUUGAUGAAAAUGAUUUACUGAUUUUACUUAAUGAUACGGAAUUAUCUCGUUCAUUUGAUCGACAUUCAAAAUUCACUAUUGAUCAUUGCAAAUUACUGAUAGCAGCUGUUGUUCAUUCGAAAAGUACAUUAAAUUUGCCAGAAUUUAUUUCUGUAAUAAAUCUUCUUUAUACAUGGAGAAAUUUUUUCCGUCGUCAUGAUCUUGAUCGAAAUGGUAUUAUUGAACCCUAUGCUCUUGUUAAUAUACUUAAUUCUUUACGAUUUAAUUUAUCACCAUCAACACUUGAAACAAUUGUAAAACGAUAUUCAACACGUGUUGAUGAAAAUUCAUCAGGAAAAAUUUCAUUUGAACAUUAUGUUCAAUUAUGUGCUCGAUUAACUUUACUCAAUGAUUUAAUGCAACAAAAGUCAACAAAUGAUUCACCAAGAAAUGUGUGUUCAUUUUCAAUCGAUGAAUUUAUGCAGUUGGCACUUAGUCUAUAA